AUUACGCCGUAAUUAUAUAAUUUUAAUGUUACAAAAACUCAUAAAAGUUAAAACAUAAUUCUGCCUGUAGAUGUAGCAUCUAAAGAGAUUUAUAAUUCGUUCUAUAUUCAAAAGAAUAAAAAAAGAUUAAGAACAAUACUUUUCUUCUACAAUUGUCAACAGUGUCACAGUUUUUAUAACUUACAUUUCUUCUAUUAAAAAAAAUAUUUGUAGGUAUUGGUUUGUAUUGUUAAAAUUAUUCAUACACAAUUUAUGUUGAUGUCUACAAGAUAUGAUAUAUUAAAGUCGUGGUUAUCGAGUUAUUUAACAUUUGGAAUUGAUAUUGUAAUAGUUGAUUUUAAUUAGUAAUAUAGAAGCGUGGUGAAAAUAGUCUGCGAUAAUGUCAAAGAAGGAUGAUAAGAAAGAUGAUAAGAAAAAGGACAAGGGAAGUAGCGCAUUUCUAAAGGAUUUCCUUGCGGGCGGUAUAUCUGCAGCUGUGUCAAAAACUGCUGUAGCACCCAUUGAGCGAGUGAAGCUACUGUUGCAAGUGCAGCAUGUAUCUAAACAGAUUGCAGCUGACAAACGAUACAAAGGUAUAAUGGACGCAAUUAUACGUAUCCCUAAAGAACAAGGAAUAGGAUCCUUUUGGCGCGGAAACUUAGCGAAUGUGCUUCGAUACUUUCCAACGCAGGCGCUAAAUUUUGCGUUCAGGGAUGUAUACAAGGGUUUUUUUCUUAAAGAUAUUGAUAAAAAUGUUCAAUUUUGGAGAUAUUUCGCUGGUAACUUAGCGUCUGGCGGUGCCGCUGGUGCGACUUCGUUAUGUUUUGUAUAUCCCCUAGAUUUUGCGAGAACUAGAUUAGCUACGGACGUCGGAAAAGGAAAGUCUAAAGAGUUCAACGGUUUGAUUGACUGUCUUCUUAAAACUUUAAAGUCCGAUGGUCCUAUUGGCCUGUACCGUGGGUUUAUUGUAUCUGUACAGGGAAUUAUCAUUUAUCGAGCCGCUUACUUUGGUUUCUAUGAUACUGCACGCGGCAUGUUGCCAGAUCCAAAGAAUACUCCUAUAAUCAUAUCUUGGAUGAUUGCACAGACUGUAACAACUGUGGCUGGGAUCACAUCAUAUCCUUUGGAUACGGUUAGACGAAGAAUGAUGAUGCAAUCGGGUCGGCCAGUGCACGAACGCCAAUACAAAAGCACCGCCCACUGCUGGGUUACUAUUCUACGCCAAGAAGGCCUGGGAGCCUUCUUUAAAGGUGCCUUUUCAAAUAUACUCCGAGGUACUGGAGCGGCCUUUGUACUUGUGUUGUACGACGAAAUAAAGAAAUUAAUUUAGUUAAUGUCAAUGCUGUCAAUGUAUCAGUUUUCGGUUGGUGUUAUUUCGAUGACUUUUAUAAGGGCGUUAUAUUUAAACCACUGUGUUGUAUAUUACGUCUUUAUUAGUAUUUAUCAACAGUUUUUUUGUAUUAAAUUAAACAUGUGAAUGCAUUUUAAUUUUCA